UGAAGCUAUUCUAAGAGCAAAGAUGCCACCGAAGACACCAAAGAGUGCAAUAAGCAGCGCAGGCAGUAAAGGGAGAGCUAAAGGCAAAAAGAGUCAGUCACCUAUACUUGUGGAAAAACCUGGUCACCCUGAGGAUAUCUUCCCCAUGGUCCUGACAUCAGCCACCCAGGAGCUCUUUGGUUGCCUCGCUGAUGAGGACAUCACAGGGGAGAGUCCCUACAAGCUGUUGAAAAAAGACGACAUCAUACAGGACAUUAAGACAAGAGCCGCAGUGUCCGAUUUCAGCCCUGUGAAGCAGAUUGUGCUGGACUAUCCAGAGGACGAACUCUUGCUGGUGUAUGACAGGGAUUUCACCUAUGAGCAGUGCUUCUACCUGGUUCUCACACCAGAAGCUAAGGACAGAAUCCUCAGUCCCCCUGAGCCUGAGACAUCACAAGUGCUUGAGAAAGUAGUCAAUAAAACCCCAGAACCAAAGGAAUGGAUAUCUCUUGGCAGUGAGCUGGAAAUAGAUGAAGAAUCUAUCAAAGAGACCAGAGAAAAGUUGUGGUACAAGUUCUCCAGAGUGCGGAGGAAGUUCGGGGUACCAGUCUGUUUUUCAGACCGCAACACUGCAGAUGCGAAGGAUGGCUACCUAGAGUGUGCUUCCUAUCAAGACAGCAGAUUCAGCAUCAAGCAGAUGCAGAGGGACUGCGGGAUACAGGCUGUUCCCAGACUGCAGAGCAGCAGUGCUCAGACACAGUGGAAGUUUCAGAGGAAUAUCUUUACCCAGUACGUGCCAAGAGAGUUAAGUGAUGAAGAAAAAGAGAACAUCCUCCAGUUUGAGAGUCUGAAAAACUUUUGCAACUCAGUGACUCCCAGAGUUUUGCAAGCCCUUCAGCAGGAAGAGAUCAUAAAUGGGUUAUUUGAUGAUUGGAAGGCUCUGGGGGCAGCAGCUGAAGAUGGUGACUGGUCUGGGAAGGUCUCUGAAGGUUUGAUGCUUUAUCAGGCCUUCACAGACCAGAAGUACACUAAGGACAAGAAAAUCAGCAGUAUCAACUGGCACCCUACCAUCUACGGUGUGUUAGCUGUGGCUUUGACAGAGCAAAAGGAGGAAAGGACGAAGGACUCCACAACGUUUGUCGUCACACCCUCUGUCAUCCUGUUCUAUAGCUUCUCCGACCCUUCUAUUCCCCAGUUGCUGCUGGAGUGCCCAGAUGACAUUUUUGCCUUUGAGUUCUGCCCCUCUGAUCCAAAUAUUAUCGUUGGCGGCUGCAAAAAUGGCCAGGUUGUGUUGUGGGACAUUUCAGCUCACGUCACACACUUACAGGGAACACAGCCUGGUAGUAAAAAGGUCUCUGUCAGCACUGAGACAUUUGACCUCGAUGACAACCAAGAGAAUAAGACUCCUGUCGUGCGCUACUGUGCAGUGUCUGCCUUAGAGAGCAGGCACAAAGCCCCAAUUACUGAUGUCCAGUGGCUGCCACCAACGUUUGAGGUGACCAGGACGGGCUUACCUGUGGAGAACAAGUAUAACAUUUCUGUUCAGAUUGUCACCUGCUCCCCUGACUGCACUAUAAUGUUCUGGGAUUUGCGCAUGCAAAGGUUAUUCAGCCACUCAGCAACCGACAGAAAGCAGAGUGUGGAUCAGAAGACCCAGAUGACACCUUACAGUGUCCCUGACACUUUCAAAUAUCUGGACCGGACUUGGAAACCUCUUUUCAGGGUUUCCCUGCCAAAGAUCGAUACCAGUGGAGAAUACGCUCCUUUGAAGUUCAGCCUGGAACACUACACCUGUAAUGGUAAUACAGGUAGGACCACAGAAGAAGAUAAUGAAAAUGAUGAAGAUGAUAGCUCAGAGGUUAUCCUAGACUACAGCCAGCUCAGAGUGCCUUCAGCUAAAACAGCUACAACUCUAGAGGAUGUCAAUACCAAGCUCUAUAUUGGAACAGAGGAUGGGGAAAUUGUUCACAUUGACUGGAAACUGGAAAAGGAUGACUCUGGACGUCUGCAAAGUGCCAAGCCCCUUGACUGUUUUAACGUCCAUCACUGGUUGGUGAAUACGGUACAGCGGUCGCCCUUCUACAAAGACAUUAUUCUGACAACGGGAGGCUGGAACUUCGCCAUCUGGAAGGAGGGAGUCAUGGAUGGCCCCAUCAUCCUGUCACCAAGCUCUGAGCAGGUGUGCACCUCGGGAUGCUGGUCCCUGUCCCGACCAGCUGUUUUCUUCAUUGGGAAAGACGAUGGGAGCAUUGAGGUGUGGAACCUGCUGGAAAAGACCAGUGAACCUGCGCAGGUCCACGCACACAUCACAAAUUCCAAGAUAACCUGCAUCAAACCCUGGACCGCCUCCUCCAAGCAGCACUUCCUGACUGUGACUGAUGACGUAGGAAUGGUCCGUGUAUUAGAAAUCCCAAAGGUACUCUACGUUCCCACCAGGAAUGAGAGUUUGAGUGUGAAGAAAUACUUUGAGCUGGAGGAAGAAAGCUUGAAUGAUUUUUUGAAGAGGAAAGAACUGUGGGCACAACAGAAGAGGGAAGCUGAGGAGCUCAAGAGGAAAACGGAGCCUGACAAGCCAGCAAAAUCCCUGGAAGUGAAUGAAGAGGUGAACAUGAAGGAAUACAAAGAUUACAUGAUGCUGGAGGAAAGCAUCCUGAAGGGCAUCGGCUUGUGGCCAGCUGCUGCCGACAAACAAAAUACCUGAUAUCACACACAGUCACACACAUAUAUACACAAAUCACAU